UUUGUGUGCAGACAAGAGACCUGGUUUCAAAUGCCAGCCCGAGCAUCUUCGGGCUCAUUAAUAAUGGAGGCCUCUGUCAGGGCCAGCUUCGCUCGCUUUGUUUCCACCGCAGACGAAAGGGGACAUGGACCUUUCUGUUUUGCCCAAUAACAACCAUCCUGACAAAUUCCUGCAGCUUGACGUGAAGUCUUUAAUGAGGAACUCGACCCUUCUGCAGGCUAGCCUCGCGAGAUUUCCCGGUGGAAAUUUUCCUGCUCCACAGCACUGGCAAAACCUUGUCUACUCCCAGGGAGAAAAGAGCAUCUCUCCUCAACGGGCUAAGGGAUUUGGUGGGGAGAAUGCAGUCCUUCCUGACAGUCCCCCACGGUCCAUGUCUUCAGUCAUGAAGAAUAACCCAUUAUAUGGUGAGAUGGGCAUCGAGGAAGCUAGGGAAGAAAGAAAGAAGAGUCCUUCGUGGACCAUCGAAGAAUAUGACAAGCAUUCUGCGCACACGAAUCUCUGCGGACAUCUGAAGGAAAACCCCAAUGAUCUGCGCUUUUGGUUGGGGGAUACGUACACUCCAGGCUUUGACACUUUGCUGAAAAAGAAGAGGAAACGCAACAAGCGAUCGAAAUUAUGUCACUUUGGCAUGAUUCUGCUCCUUGUGGUCUCCAUCUUGGUUACCAUAGUGACCCUCACCACUUUAUUGGUCUGAGGAAAUUGCAAAUCCUUCUUUAAAGCUCUAAAACGCCUUUUCGACCUUCGCAGGAAAAUCUGUCCGUGCAUUGUGAAUGUGUGCGUCUGUGUCGCUAGCCCUGUGACCAAACACCCCGUUGUCCUUUAGAAGGUGAGCAUUGCUUGUGUUUUGCUGGCCUCCCUGCUUCGUUCUGUGAAGCCUGUGUGUGAGUCCAGUCUGGGUUUUCUCCUUUGUGAAGCCGGUUUUCCAGAGUGGGGUACAAGUCACCAGUGGGCAAGGCACUGGUGACACUCCAGGAAUGCUGUCACUCUGAGGACUCAUUUGAAUGACAAUGAGGACAGAAUAGAUUAUCAGAGGAGGGAGUUGGCUUAAGGACUCCAGAGGACAGGGAAGUAGCUUUUCCCUCAAAGUCAUUUCUCCGGUGUGGAUACCUGGGAACAAGUGCACCACCUCCUACUCCCAGAACCUCUUCCCUAAAGCCCCCACUGCCACGCCUAACGCUAUUUAGUGUGUAAAUCAAGGUUUUCCUUCUUCCCAAGAGUGCUCUUGGAUAACGCCUUAUUCUCUCGCUUUAUCGCUCUUAAAGAGACUUGAAGUAAAGUAUAUAAAAAUGAAGGUUUACUGGAUAAUAAAUUAUUGUGUACAAA